GGAAAGAUGGAGGAUGAAGAAAACACACAGACAGCGAAACGGUUACGUUAAACGAGAAGGAGCCGAAGUCAAGAAUCGCAGUAAGAAAACCCAGCGCACAUCUUCAACAGCUAUAUACACCUGCUGGUCCCGAGUAAACUACUGCCACAUCAUCUGAUGCUGCCCACUUUCCUCCGCUGUUCUCGGCCCAUCUUCAGCACUCCCUCCUUAAGUCGACCCCUGGCCCACUUCAGAACACACAUGGAGCCAGACCCUAGCAGGCCUGUUGAAAGGGCUAUCAGAACCAAACUGACCAAUGCUUUGAAGCCAGAGCACUUAGAGGUCCACAAUGAAAGCCAUAUGCAUGCUGUGCCGCCUGGCUCUGAAUCCCACUUCCGAGUGCUGGUUGUCAGCCCACGGUUUGAUGGCCUCUCGUUGUUACAGCGCCACCGUCUGGUCAACGAGGCUUUGCGUGAGGAAUUGAGCGCCUGUGUUCAUGCACUGGCUAUCCAGGCAAAGACUCCCCAACAGUGGGGGAGCAACCCCACUUUGGCCAAGAGUCCUCCAUGCAUGGGAGGAUCCAGGGGGGAUCACACCGUGGAGGAGAAACUGAAGGCUGGACGGGAGUGAGCGUUGUGGCUGGUAUGGUGUUGUACCUCCUGCUCCUGGACUGCAUUUGAAUUGAAGCGAGUGAACCGAACUGAUUUGAAUGAAGUGCAGUGGGAAGGUGCUAUUAUAAUUCAACCUAAUACUAGCCCAGGCUCUGUGGGGACAGUCAUGAGGCAUUCUUGAUUUUGAUUUCACCUCCCUCCCUUUUUUGUACCAGUCACAGUCCUAAUGCAGAUUGUCAAGCUAAACAUUUUUUCUCGGUUUUAUCCCAGCGAUUAUCACAGUGAAAUGAUGAUAAAUUCUAUGUUAAAGUGAGAUGCUUGUUUAACUUUCACUGAAGAGUCUUUAACACUAUAUUGUCCAAUAUAAUGUUGAUUUAGCAUCACUCUGACAGGCUAAGGUGGGCGUAAGCAUUAUUGUAAGAAAUCCAUGAAACGGGGUUGUGUAAGAUUGGGCCUUUUGUCUUGCACGAAUAAAGUGGGGCAAAACUCUGGGUUACAAGUCAUUCAUAUUUUAUUCAGAAUGGAGAGACACCCCCCUUGAAAGUCUGUAAAAAUAUAUUUUGGAUGCGUAGCUGAAGGUUUAAUGUCAUAAAAUUUUAUUUAAUCAUACGUGUUUGUGAACGACAGCUAUUUACAGUCACCCUGCAACAAACAGUAGGGCAUGCAUAACUGAAACAAUAAAUGAAUGCUGACCGAGACAGGCAAUGCCGUUAGGCUCUGAAAUGAUGCUUAUGAUUAGCCGGCUCAAGAAUCCAGUCAGCCAGUCCUCACUUAAUCCCCUAAAACUCCUUCCACGACCUGUAGAAGGAACCAGAACAUGCUCUGUCCUGACUGAAUAUAAUGGAAAUAAAGCAGGAACCAAAAUGCGGUGCCAGGUUCUGUUUGGUUUGUACUGGUGCCGGGUGUGUUUGCUACUCAUGAAUGCCAGCAUGUCAAUCAUGGACGAAAAUGUCAGUGUAAACUGAGUUGUCAUGACUUAAUUUACUGAGAAAUACUAUUGACAAGUAUCAAAUGUAUAAUUCCAACUAUGUAUUCGGUCCUUAACAGUGUUUCAAAAGAA